AUGUCCGCGCCUCAACCCGACCAGGGCCGCACGAAGCGCAAGCGCCCCGCUGACGCUGCGGAGCCGCGCAAGAAAGCCGACCGGCACCCACCAGGGCAAAGGGCCGCGUCUCUCAUCGGGCCCCACGAAGCCAUCGUCGACGCCCUUCAGGCCAAGUACGAUGUCCUCGUCGCGUCCGUCAUCUCGUCGACCCAGAUCCGCAAGCGAGUCGAGCUGGCCGUGGCGCGCAUGGCCGCCGUCGUCGCCUCGCCCGAGAAGCCGCGCAUCGUCCUGCUGCAUGCGAAGACGGCGCAGGUCUGCAAGAUGAUUACCAUUGUGGAGCAGUGCAAGCGCAUCUUGGCCGAUGAGGGCAAGGCUUGUUACCAGUACAACCAGCUUUUCGACCUACCCGUGGAACCGCGCAGGCCGGACGUGGUGGAGGAGACGGUCCUUGAUAAGGACGGCGAGGAUUCCGGCCACGACGACUUUGAGGUCAUGGGCAGCCGGUUUGAACAGGCAGUGCUCCCGCCCCCUCCGGCGCGAACCGUUAAGUCAAUGAGAAUCUUCCUCUCUAGACAGCCGAUACCAGAACUCGAGAAGAAAGACGACGUCACGAUACAAACAAGCGAGGGGCCCAAGCAAUGA